CGAAUGCCCUCUGGAGCUGCCGGCUGGCAGGUCUUGGGUCCUGAGGCUGCUGGCGGACUAUGGGUACAACAGCCAGUACAGCCCAGCAGACGGUCUCGGCGGGCAGCCCCUUCGAGGGCCUCCAGGGCAGCGGCACUAUGGACAGUCGGCACUCACUCAGCGUCCACUCCUUUCAGACCACAAGCUUGCACAACAGCAAGGCCAAGUCCAUCAUCCCCAACAAGGUGGCCCCUGUUGUGAUCACGUACAAUUGCAAGGAGGAAUUCCAAAUCCAUGAUGAGCUGCUCAAGGCCCAUUACACUCUGGGUCGGCUCUCGGACGUCACCCCUGAGCACUACCUGGUGCAGGGCUGCUACUUCCUGGUGCGGGAUGUUACUGAGAAGACGGAUGUGCUGGGCACUGUGGGGAGCUGUGGGGCUCCCAACUUCCGGCAGGCGCAGGGCGGGCUUGCUGUGUUUGGCAUGGGACAACCCAGCCUCUUGGGGUUCAAGAAGGUCCUCCAGAAACUCCAGAAAGAUGGCCAUAAGGAGUGCAUCGUUUUCUGUGUGCGGGGGGAGCCCGUGCUGUUCCUGCGUGCCGAUGAGGACUUCGUUUCCUACACACCCCGAGAUAAGCAGAGCCUUCAUGAGAACCUGCAGGGCCUCGGACCUGGGGUGCAGGCAGAGAGUUUGGAGCUGGCCAUCCGGAAGGAGAUCCACGACUUUGCCCAGCUGAGUGAGAACACCUACCAUGUGUACCACAAUACCGAGCACCUGCGCGGGGAGCCCCGUGCUGUGCCCGUCCGGGGUGAGGACGAUGUGCAUGUGACUGAGGAGGUGUUCAGGCGUCCCCUCUUCCUGUGGCCCACCUACAGGUACCACAGGGCCAUCCUCUGGACCUGGCUGCUGUGCUGGCUGUACCACCGCCUGCCCCUGCCGGAGCAGGGGGCACCUCUGGAAGCCCAGUUUGAUGCCUUUAUCAGUGUUCUGCGACGGCCAGGCAGGGUGGCCCCCCCACAGACCAAGCCACUGCCCAUGCAGCAGUUCCAGGUGAUCCAGAGCUUUCUCCGCACGGUGCCCCAGGGAAGGAAGCUGGUGGAGGAGGUGGACAGAGCCAUCACUGCCUGUGGAGAGCUGCACAACCUGAAAGAAGUGGUUUUGGAGAACCAGAGGGAGCUGGAAGGCGCCCAGCUGGGGGGCGUGGCCCAGGGAAGCAGCAGCCAGCACAGUGCCCGGCAGAGGGCACUGCAGAGCCUGGAGCGGUACUUCUACCUGAUCCUGUUUAACUACUAUCUCCAUGAGCAGUACCCACUGGCCUUUGCCCUCAGUUUCAGCCGUUGGCUGUGUGUCCACCCGGAGCUGUACCGCCUGCCUGUGAUGCUGAACUCGGCCGGCCCUAUGGCCCCUGGGGACCUUCUUGCCAAGGGCUCCCUGGGGAUAGAUGAUCUUACCUCCCGGGAUGCACUUAGCACUAUCAGAGAGAUGGACGUGGCCAACUUCCGGCGGGUGCCCCGCAUGCCCAUCUAUGGCACAGCCCAGCCCAGCACCAAGGCCCUGGGGAGCAUCCUGGCCUAUCUGACGGAUGCCAAGAGGAAGCUGCGGCAGGUUGUCUGGGUCAACCUGAGGGAAGAGGCUGUGUUGGAGUGUGAUGGGCAUACCCACAGCCUGCGGUGGCCUGGGCCCCCUGUGGCCUCCGACCAGCUAGAGACCCUGGAGACCCAGCUAAAGGCCCACCUGAGUGUGCCUCCCCCGAGCACGAAGAGCUCUUUGACCCCCAGGUUCCAGAGGUGCCUCACCACGCAAGAGGUCUUCAGCCAGCACCAUGGGGCCUGUCCUGGCCUGACCUAUCACCGCAUUCCUAUGCCAGACUUCUGUGCCCCCCGCGAGGAGGACUUUGACCGGCUGCUGGAGGUGCUGCGGGUUGCCCUUGCUAAGGAGCCAGGCACCGGCUUCGUGUUCAGCUGCCUCAGUGGCCAGGGCCGGACCACAACUGCCAUGGUGGUGGCAGUGCUGGUCUUCUGGCACAUGCGAGGCUUCCCUGAGGUGGGCGAGGAGGAGCUUGUGAGUGUGCCUGAUGCCAAAUUCACUAAAGGCGAGUUUCAGGUGGUAAUGAAGAUGGUGCAGUUGCUGCCCGAUGGGCACCGUGUGAAGAAGGAGGUGGACGCGGCACUGGACACAGUCAGUGAGACCAUGACGCCCAUGCACUACCACCUGCGGGAGAUCAUCAUCUGCGCCUACCGCCAGGCCAAGGCAGCCAAAGAGGAGCAGGAAACGCGGCGGCUGUGGCUGCGGAGCCUUCAGUACCUGGAGCGCUACACCUACCUGAUCCUCUUCAAUGCUUACCUCCACCUAGAGCGUGCUGGCUCCUGGCAGAUGCCCUUCAGUGCCUGGAUGCGAGAGGUGGCAUCGAAGGCUGGUGUCUAUGAGCUCCUCAACCAGCUGGGCUUCCCUGAGCUGGAGAGCAUGGAAGACCAGCCCUUCUCCAGGCUGCGCUGCAGGUGGCAGGAGCAGAGUCAAAGCCCGGAGCCCUCUGCCUCCGGGGACUUGCUGUAGGGGCCUCUCCUUGCCCCCUCCAGAGGGGCCUGUGCAGGCUGGGAGUGUCAGAGGUGCUCUUACUAGGAGGGGCCCUUGGGCAUGCUGGCCUUGAGGACCAUUCCCCCACUUCCUAGAGAGACUGGGGUGAGGCUGGGAGCCUUUUUGAAAAGAGCUUUUUAUGGACAUUGAGACAGCACAGUCAUUCCUUGAAACCACAGAGGCGUGUGGAUGCCUCCAGGGAGGCCCCAGAGUGCACCUUACAGACAGGCUGGCCUUUGGCCUCCAAGGAGCUCACUGCCCAGUUGCCAAACAGAGCUCAUCACCUCUUCUGUCCCCUUCUCCUUU